AAUGUGUUUACUACUAUCCAAAUUUAGCCUGUCCUUUUUUGUUGAUAUUUUCCCAUUUGGUUUUAUUUGUUCAUUUAAAUUGACACCCAAAAAUUCCAAAACAAAUAAAAAUCAAAUCUUUAUUAAAAAUAAAUAAUUAAUUUUUUUGAUGUUGCUGAUUCCGAAUAUCAAUGACUGAUCACUGAAAGAGGGGGAUGUUGGAGUGUUGAAUAUAAUGCAGAAGGAGAAACUUCGGGAAGUGUGAUUUCAGAAGGAGGAGAGAGAAACUAGAGAGAGAAAGCUUCACAGCCAUGGAAGUUUCUGGGUUGCAAUCUCAAAGGCCUGUUUGGUGCAGUCAAAGUUUUAUUAUUAGUAGGCAAAAUGCCCACUUUAAUCUCAGACCUUUUACUGGUUUAGUCCCUUGCAAAUCAUCUUACAGAUCUUUUCAUUCUUAUUCUAGGCACCUGCAGUACCCAAGGAAUGGAAAUUUCCGUCCGUGUUAUGCCACUGGAGAAUUUUCAAAGAAGAAACAGAAAAAAUGGUCAAGGCCCAAAGGUUCUGCUCCCAAAGGAUUUGUCCCAAAGGCUCCUGUUGGCACUAGCACACCAAAGAGGGAUCAAAAGGACGAAGAAGAUAACAGUCCUUCAGUUGAUUCGUCUCCUGAGCUUGGUGGAAGAGCAUCUGACGUAGGAUCUAGUGCUGAGAAAACUGAGAGAUCAGAAGUUUCUCAAGUAAAUAGAAUUGAAGAGCAAAGGGAGGAUUCAACUAAUGGGAAAGCUGGAAAUUCAUCCCUAACCAAGAAAGCAGUAACUAAUGGUAAUAAAAAUCUGCUUAAGGAAAUUGACACGGUUACAGGGUUUAUCAGGGAAGGUAGUAGAAGUACUAGUGAUUUGAUUGAUGAAACUGGAUUAGAACCCGAGGAUUUAGAGGGCAAACAAGGAAGUUCUACUGAAAGAAAAGUGUUGGAAUCUGAAAAAAUAGUUUCUGGUACUGGAAUCAUUGAUGAGAAUGAGAAGGAUAAGAUGACCGAAAAUGAAGCUUUAGAUUUAGAUAGAGGGGGUUCUGAGAUUUUUGAGGACAUGGCUUCAGAAAAUAAGGAAAGUAAUGAAGACAACUAUGAGGCUGAAACUAGACUGUUGGUAUCAGAAAAUAAGGUUUCUGAUUUAACCCCUUACGAGAAAAAAGUAGAGGAUAUAAUUAGCGUUCAGGAGAAUAUAUCUUUGAUGAGCUACCCAAGAGUCGAAUCUGACAAGAAUGUUACUGACUCUGAAGUGCUGCCAGGAUCUGAAACUGUCCUUAGCAAUGAGAGGGAAACCAAAGAGUUAGAUAGUAAGGAAUCUGAUGAUGAGAGGGUUACAGAAACUGAGGUGGUGGGUUCAAGCACAAGGGCUGCUAUAACCACUGAUGAGAAAGAACUGGAAGAGGCUUUGCGAAAGUUGCAGUUGGAGAUGGAAGCUCUUGAACGGCAAAAAGUACUUGAGGAAAUGGCGGAGGACAAUUUUUCCAAAGGAAACAAAGUUUUUAUUUAUCCGGAGACAGCAAAACCUGAUCAGGAUAUAGAGCUCUUCCUUAAUCGAAGUCUUUCCCCUCUGAAAGAUGAACCAGAUGUGAUGGUCAUGGGAGCAUUUAAUGAUUGGCGUUGGAAAUCAUUUACCACAAAACUUCAAAAGAGCCAUCUCAGGGGUGAUUGGUGGUCCUGUCAGAUUCAUGUUCCCAAGGAAGCAUACAAGAUGGAGUUUAUUUUUUUUAACGGGCAAGAUGUUUAUGACAAUAAUGAAAAGAAAGAUUUCCACAUUAUAGUGGAAGGGGGCAUGGACUUCGAUACUUUUGAAGAUUUCUUGCUCGAGGAGAAACGUAGAGAGCAAGAGAAUUUGGCAAAGAUAGAAGCUGAGAGGAAAAGACAAGCUGAGGAGCAGCGGCGAAGGGAGGAAGAGAGGGCUGCUAGUGAAGCUGAUCGAGCACAAGCAAAGGCAGUAGUAGAGAAACGAAAAGAGAAACUGAGAGAACUGGUGAAGAAAGCUGUGUCAUCCAUGGAAAAUGUUUGGUUUUUUGAACCUCGUGAGUUUAAAGAUGGUGAUUUGGUUCGUUUGUAUUAUAACAAGAGCUCCGGCCCUCUUGUUCAUGCCAAUGAUGUUUGGAUUCAUGGGGGUCAUGAUAAUUGGAGUUUUGGGCUCUCAGUUAUUGCAAGACUAGUGAAAUCUGAGGAGAAAGAUGGUGACUGGUGGUAUGCUGAAGUUACGGUUCCUGAUCAAGCAGUUGUCUUGGACUGGGUGUUUGCUGAUGGGCCACCACAGAAGGCUUCCAUAUAUGAUAACAAUAAGCGCCAGGAUUUCCAUGCUGUUGUUCCCAAGUCUGUUCCUGACGAACUAUACUGGGUUGAGGAAGAACUGCGGAUAUACCAGAAACUUCAAGAGGACAGGAGAGUAAAAGAGGAGGUCUUGCGUGCCAAGGCUGAAAAAACAGCUCGCAUGAAAGCUGAAACCAAAGAAAAAACUUUGAAGACAUUCUUGCUGUCUCAGAGGCAUAUUGUUUACACUGAUCCUGUGGAUGUUAAGGCAGGACAAGAUGUUACUGUGUAUUACAAUCCCUCUAACACUGUUCUGAAUGGGAAGCCAGAAGUUUGGUUCAGAGGUUCUUUUAAUCAAUGGACCCAUCGUAAAGGUCCGUUGCCUCCUCAGAAAAUGUUCCCUGCCGAGAAUGGUACUCAUGUCAAGACAACUGUCAGGGUGCCAUUGGAUGCGUACAUGAUGGAUUUUGUUUUCUCUGAGUGGGAAGAUGGUGGAAUUUUUGACAACAAAUUUGGUAUGGAUUACCAUGUACCUGUCUUUGGUGGGAUAGCCAAAGAGCCUCCAAUGCAUAUUGUUCAUAUAGCUGUUGAAAUGGCUCCCAUUGCUAAGGUGGGUGGCCUUGGAGAUAUUGUUACUAGCUUGUCUCGUGCGGUUCAAGAUUUAAACCAUCAUGUUGAUGUAAUUCUUCCAAAGUAUCAGUGCCUGAACCUUAAUCAUGUGAAGGACUUCCAUCACGCAAAGAGCUAUUCAUGGGGUGGUACUGAGAUAAAAGUUUGGUUUGGGAAGGUUGAAGGCUUGUCUGUCCACUUUUUGGAGCCUCUAAAUGGAUUGCUCCAGACUAAUUCUGUCUAUAUUGGUAAAAAUGAUGGUGAAAGAUUUGGUUUCUUUUGCCACGCUGCACUUGAGUAUCUCCUCCAAAGUGGAUUUCAUCCUGAUAUAAUUCAUUGCCAUGAUUGGUCAAGUGCUCCAGUGGCAUGGCUGUAUAAAGAGCAUUAUGGGCAGUAUGGUCUUACUAAUGCUCGUGUUGUUUUCACUAUUCAUAACCUCGAGUUUGGGGCGUACUUCAUUGGAAGAGCAAUGGCAUAUGCAGACAAGGCUACAACUGUUUCAAAUACCUAUGCAAAGGAGGUUGCUGGAAAUCCUGCUAUUGCUCCUCACCUGUACAAAUUUCACGGCAUAUUAAAUGGGAUUGAUCCAGACAUAUGGGAUCCAUUCAAUGAUAAGUUCAUUCCAGUAAAUUACACAUCAGAAAAUGUUGCAGAAGGUAAAAAAGCAGCCAAGGAAGCUUUACAACAAAGGUUUAGCAUAAAAAAAGGUGAUUUCCCAUUAGUGGGAAUAAUUACUCGUUUAACUCAUCAGAAAGGAAUCCAUCUCAUCAAGCAUGCUAUUUGGCGCACUAUAGAACGUGGCGGACAGGUUGUGUUGCUGGGCUCUGCUCCCGACCCACGCAUACAGCAAGAAUUUGUUGAUGUUGCAAAUCAAUUGCAUAAUAUGCAUCAUGACCGUGCUCGCCUUUGUUUGAAUUAUGACGAACCUCUUUCACACUUGAUAUAUGCAGGUGCAGAUUUGAUUCUUGUCCCCUCAAUAUUUGAGCCAUGUGGCCUAACCCAGCUUGUUGCUAUGCGAUAUGGUUCAAUACCGGUUGUUCGCAAAACUGGAGGACUUUACGAUACUGUAUUUGACGUUGAUCAUGACAUAGAGAGAGCAAGAGCACAAGGUUUGGAACCAAAUGGAUUUAAUUUUGAAGGAGCUGAUCCUGCCGGGGUAGAUUAUGCUCUUGACAGGUGUAGGUGGUUUAAUGAGCCAAGAGAGCCUAAUUUCAAGUCUGUGUUACUCAGAGUUGCUAAGCUAGGUUUGUAUUUUGUCUAAGAUAACUCCCUAAGAACUUCAGGCCUAUGUCACUUUAACAAAGAUGCACAUUUAGGUACAGGAAAGACAGGUUCUUGCAUUUUGUAAGCUUUUAGUCUGAUAAAGUCGUGUAGAGUGUCCAAGCAUUAUCUGAAACGACAAGUUCAUAAUCACAUAUUUACAUGUUCUUGUGACAUCAGGAGUUCCUAAUGAGUAGAGACAUAACACUAUAACAGGCCAUGUUUUGUUCAUGUACAGUACUACAUUGCUAGCCUCCUGCCCAUUAUCCCCCUCUCAAGUCCCCAACCAGAUGAAAAUUUGAUCCCAUAACCUGAGAUUUGUAGGGCCAAUGGACUACCAUGGUUAUCUGUCUGUACGAUAUAAAGUUGAAG